AUGACGUGUACACAACUUAAGGUUCUAUCCUGCGUAAACAAAAACCUGUCCUCCGCCAUCCACGCCAUGCAUUUCCUUCAAUUCUUGGUUUUCUUUGCCGUUUUGUUUCCGGUUUUUGGCGAACUUGUUACGUUGGACCAUUUGCAGGUGAUUACGUUUCAGAAUGCUCUUUCUAAUUCAUUUUCUUACUCUGAUGCCAAGGCCCGAAGUAUCUGUGAAGGCUCUCCCUGUUCUUCUUACGCAGCUGACCUUGUUGUGUGUAGACACAACCAAAUAAACGUGGAUCCUGAAAAGAUCCGUUGGGAUUGCUCGUUUUACGAGACCUCUGAUCGAACUGUUGUUAAGAAUUACGCUGUUUCUUGCUCGGCAUUCUCCUCGAUAUAUGGAGCCCAAGAUCUUGCCAAUACGUGCAAGUUAACUUACCGGUUAGAAUGGUCUACGAAGGGACUGCUUAUGCAUCGUCCUUGGCGUUUGUUUUCCUUUCGGGUGUUCUCCUCUACAAUUCUUCUUCUUAUGGCAGGUCUAUUCUUUUUGUUCGCCUCGUUUGAAGUAUUUGGGACUCUUGGACGUUCUGGUUCUCCCUAUGAUGAUGGAAGCCGUUGGGCUUUGCAAAUGUUUUUGGAAAAGCAUUUGGCUUCUCCAUAG